UUUUCAAUUCCGCCCUGGUUAUAAUUUGCUGCGUUUCCAUGAGAUCAAGUUUUGGACGUUUAUCCGAAUUGAAGGGUUACUCGAGUUUCGUUUGGAAAGUCUGGUUCUUGGUCUUCUUAGGAAAGAACCCACAGCAUGACUAAAUUGACCUUUGCGGUUUAGAAUUUAAGACUCUGUCUUUCCAAGGCAUUACGUUCUUCAACAAAAAGAGGAUCAGAACUGAACAGAAACAUGCCCUACCAAAUGAAACCUACCCUGCCACGGAGCGUAUCUCGAUCCGCCCUUGUCGUAAGAGAACGCCUCCAAGAAGCACUCGACAAAGAUCUGAAAAAACCCAACGAAUAUGAUGCACUAGUCCAUUACCUUGAAACGUUUGCUGUCUUCACUUCCCGACUGCCUUCAGUGAGGAGACGGUCAUGUGAAUAUAUGCGUUAUUUCAUGAAUCAAGUCUUGGAUAAUAACGUUGACUUUGAACUCUGUGAUGCUAAGAUUAUUAACUGGUGGACACCGUUUCUGAAGAAGUUAUUCCCAUUUACUACAACGGGUGAUGGCAACUGCCUCCUUCAUGCUGUAUCCCUAGCGAUGUGGGGCUGCAAUGACAACAGCCACUUCCUGCGGCGACUGACGUACAUCGUGGUUUCCGUAGAUGCGCCUGACGAGUUUCGAAAGCGGUGGCUGCGGGAACAAAAGUACCAGGAUGAGUGUGAGAGUCGUCUAGAGAUUGUGUUGACCAGCAUGCAAUGGCAAACGCAAUGGGAGGACAUCCUGAAGCAAGCAGAAGACCGAGUUCAGACGACGAAUGUAAACGCCACGGCAUUGGAAAGCCUGGAAGGAAUUCAUAUAUUCGUCUUAGCUAACAUUUUACGCCGACCUAUCAUUGUGUUGAGCGAGACUGUCCAGCAUGACUUUCAAGGUCAGGCCAUCGGAUACAACCAUUUGGGUGGGAUAUAUCUCCCAUUGCUAUGGAAACCAACGGAUUGUGUGCGGACGCCUAUUGUGCUGGCUUAUCAUUCCAGUCACUUUGUGCCCAUGUUGAGUAUGAUGGAUCCGCCAGACGUUGAUAUGUCGACGGAGACUGGUAAACAUGGCGUACCAUUAGUCAGUAGCGACUUGCAGCAGUUGCCGUUACAUUAUCUAAAAGAGGGCGAAGAACGUGAGAGUGGCAACCUGUUGACUUUAUACCUCGAUGUGUUUGAGACUGACAUGAUCGUCCGGGGCACUCAUGUACCAGUUUUAUACGCAAAGUUUCGUUUUCAAGACAUUGAUCCCGAGUUCAACAUGAUAGACGGUCACAUGGAAAUGUUAGAUUACACCUUUCAGGUUCAGCAGGGUGCAGAGAAGACUAACCUCUUCCCCACCUUGAACAAUCUAGAUGAACCUGGUCAACCACUUGAACCCACUGCUCCCACAGAGUCUUUGCUCUCGAAUAUGAGUGAAAUGUCUAUACAUACUGUGCCCCGACCUGAUCCUCCUGUAGUGCCUCCAUCCAUGGCAACAUCACAGGCUCCUGGACAGAUGAACGCUUCCACAGAAAAUAUCUUCUUCCCUUCACAGAGGAGUGCGGCUUCAUACCCGCCCCGUCAAACUCAGACACCUGUGACGCAAGUGAAUGCAUCUGCGUCUUACCCUCCUCCACGGCGGUCACCUGAAUAUCGGGAUGUGUCUAUAUCCGGCGAGGAGUGCAUAACUCCGUCUUGUUCUUUCUACUCCUCAAUGGAGACGUAUCCGUACUGCCACGAGUGCAAGGCAAAGUUGAAGAAGAUGAGGAGUAGCCAGCACCUACCUGGAGUUAGAGAAGACGAGGAGAGUGGGCACUCACUGUCUGCCUCCCGUUUGUCAUCUACCGGUCCUAACGAUGAGGUAUUUGGUGACCCGCAGUUUCGGAUGCCAAGUAUACUUGAAAGGCAACGCAGUUUGAGUUAUGAAGAGGAGUUGGAACAUGAUUUGCAGCAUCGGCGUGAUGAGCAACCACAUAGUAUUCCGUAUACUGCCAAUAGGGUUGGCUGUUUGUAUCCUGACUGCCCAAAACGUGGUAAGGGCAUUUGUGAGGGAAAGUGCCAUGAACAUUAUAGAGACAUUGGGUCUCGAGAUCUGCACAUGUUACGCACCGGAGAAAACCGGCCAAGGAGUAGGUCGCACUAUGACCAGAUGAUACCUAGAACUGAGAGGGAGGGUGAGAGAGGUGUAAGGGCAAACAGAGUGACAGCCAGUGCCAGUGAGACAAGAAGGACAGGCAGUGAGAGUCCUAGAACUGGACGCAGUGGAGCACCUGAACCUGGAACCAGAAGUCUCGAAAAUACAAAUACGCCAGCUUCUGCUGCUACCUAUCCGCCAAUGUCCCCUGUAAGAAUCGGGCAAAGUCGUGGUCGAGUUCCCGGUAAUAUUCUCGAGCCCACAUCGAUGAGGUUGCCAGAAACGUGUAGGACACCUGGCUGCACCAACCUGGGGUAUGAGCGAUCGGAGGGUUUCUGUCAAACAUGCUUCAACGCUAUAUCGUUAGCGACAGCAGGAAUGGCUCGUAACCCAAAACAGUCAGAUAUGGGAUUCCCACCCACUCCCCGCCUUCCGUGCCGAACUCCAAACUGUAUGAUCUAUGCUAAGCCAGAUAUGGAAGGAUAUUGUGAACUGUGUUUCCACAGACUCUUUGAUGAGCAACCUGGUUCAGUUUUAUCAUCAGUCUCUGAAUCAACCAGACCAAACCCUCCACAAAGCCCAACAAAUUUACAACAACCAAGGGCAGAGAAAUGUCCUGUUCCUACUUGUGAUCGGUACGGGGACCCCGCAUACAGAGGUAUGUGUAAGCAAUGCCUGGAUCUACAGACACAGACAAGAAGGACAGGGUUAGAACUUAAACGGAACCCAGAGCGCCAAAAUCCAACAAGAAAUCCUACAGCUGGGCCCACAACAACCUGUUCUGAAGUUCAUACGGUCUAUGAAACCGCUCAGAAAGAGAUCAUUGAGAGGGCGAGUAAAAAAGCGACCGGGCGCUGUAAAAAUUCACGUUGCCAGAAUUAUGGGAAUGCGUCCUGUCAUGGUUAUUGUAACAGCUGCUACCAGUCUAUGCAGUAGUGCAUGAGUAUUUGUAACCGGGUAAAAGAGUCUGUUGUUGGAGUGGCAUCGCUGAUUAUUAAACAAGACUUGCUUAUUUCUGUGAUGUGUUUCUGUAUGUUGAAAAUGGCCAGGGUAUCAAAGAAUGAGCCAAGCAGGCGUUUGCAGUGCAAUACUUUUGUGUUUUUUGCUUUUUAAAGCUAUUGAGAAAAUCAAAGCAGGACAGUCAGUUAUAGGCCUAUGAAUCUGAUGUCAGCUUUGUUUCUUUUUAUGUCGUUUUUUAUAGUGUUUGUAGGUAAUACAUUUAUAUGCUGCGAACCAGGAAGUAUUUAUGUUAACAAAUGCCUUGUUUAUGAGGCAGUGACAAUAACUGGUUAAAAGUUGAGUGUAAUAGAAAGUUGAAAAGUUAGUGAAAUCGAGCUGUAAAUUUAUUCACUCCUUCAAGAUGAGGGCAUUGAUUUUGAGUCAUACACAAUGGUUUGUCUGUUAAACAAGUUUACCAUUCUUAGAGGGGGACUAUAGGCAGGAGCAGUGGGGUUAAAUUGGCCAUCUUCGGGUGGCUUAUAUGCUCAGUAAGGGCACUGGCUCAUCUUAGAGUCAACACUAAAUAUAUUCAUCAUACACAUCUAAAUAGUUACGUACUGUGAGAUGGUAGAGACCCCUAUUGGCGAAAUUGCGUAACUUUAUCUUGCCUACCUAGCUGCUGCCUAUAGUGUCCCUUUAAAGGCAUGUGCUGUUUGUCAAAUAUUUAAGCUUUGUAAUUGAAUUUGAAUAUUUCAAAUUGUGUGCAUAUGUAUCGAACAUAGAUAUCAACAUUGCCGCUAUGUAGACAAUUAUAAAAAUAUCAUGAUACCAAAUUUCAGCUCAUUUGAAUGUGUAAUGAAUCCUCUACAUCAUUAUGUAUAUACAUGUAUAUGCAAUUCCAUUUCUGUUUUCCAGGCCAACCACCAGUAAUUACAAGCAAUGUACCUAUUUUAUAACAAAUAGCAAUACUUCAUUGAUCAUUUAUCAGUAAGAUUAUUUGUUUGACAUUGUUUCUGUACCUGCUAAUUUAACACAUUAACUGGUUAAAUUGUUAUAACUGGUUCACAUCAGUAUCACUGUCUUAUUCCUCGAUAAGUUUACAAUUUAAAAUUCUGUACAUGUAUAUUUAUUAUCAGGUAGUAAGAUUAAAUGGUUGCUGUAACACUUAUUUUUCAUAAUUAUCUGUUUGUCAUUAUAUUGUUGUAUUGCAUAUUCAGCUCAGUUCAUGUUGGGAUUGUGUUGUGUUCUUUGAUACUGUAAAUUUAUCUGCUACAGGGCCAUACUUUAAGUACCUCACAUUUGAGGGGGAGAGUUCAAGGAUUUGCGUACAUUGUACAAUUUCAUGUACAAUUGUACAUUAUUUGUACAAGUUGUACCAUUUCAUGUACAAUUUCAAAAUUUGUACAAUUUCAUGUACAAUUUCAUGUACAAUUGUAUAUUAUUUCUACAAUUUGUACAAUUUCAUGUACAUUUUAAAAAUUUUUGCGUACAGGAGAGGAGGUCCUGAACCUUGGAAUAAAUGUACUUUCUUUACUGUACAUGUGUGGUAUGGCCUCUAUCUAGUGUUAGCUAUGUUUUCCAAUGUGUAUUUUCUGCCGCAAAACUGGGGUAUAUGUACGUGUAGGGGUUAAAGAAUCUAUCAAGUGCUUUGAGGUUUUAUUAGAUUUAUGUGUAAUUUAUGCUGAUUACGGACUGUAAUAUUUGGAGGAAUGAAAAAAGGCCUUGGGUUUGAAAAGGACUUGUUUGAAUUUAAGAGAUCGCACACAGGGUAGAGGGCUUGUAUUUUGGGAAGGGUGUUGUUUUUGGCUGAGUCGGGAAUGGGGUUGGGUAAGGGGUUGGGUAGGGUAGGGUUUUGAACACAAUUAAGGGUGUUGGGUGCAUGUUGAAUUUGUCUUUUCAGCCCUGAUCUAAGCCAGCAUAUGAAUAUUCAUGUUCUUAUAUACAGGAUUAUCAGAACAAUUGCCUCUCUGUAAAUGUGGCAAUAUUUACAUGAAGUUUUAGUUGAGAAGCAAGAGAAUUUCCCCACAGAAUACAUUCAUGAGCAUGACCUACUUGCAUAAUUUGCAAAUUAUCUGACAUGUAGAAUUUUUAGAUAUAUCCUACAAUGCAUGUACAGUAUCAAUGAGUUUCUCGAACACUUUUAUGACUCCAUAAGAGACAUCUAUAGCCAGAGUAGGACAGAUUGAUAAACUGUGUGUCGAACAAUAUACAGUAGAACCCCUCUAUUAAGGACACCCUUGGGACUGACAAGUGCUGUCCGUAAUAGAGAGGUGUCCUGAUUAGAGAGGUCAAAUUGAAUGGAAACGAUCAAUUUGGGACCAAAACUAGUGUCCUUAAUAGAGAGGGUGUCCUUAAUAGAGAGGUGUCCGCUAAGAGAGGUUCUAGAUAUAACUUUGUGAAUUUGUUCUUUUUUUAUGCCCUUCUAAACAUAAAAUGCAGACAUUGAAAGUCACUAUGAAUCAAACUGAAAAAUUUACUUAAACAAAGAUUUAAAAUGGUCUCAAAUUUGUUUUAAUCUUGGUUUUGAAGAGUUUGGAAUAAUUUUGGUCUGUAAAUACUAUUUAGUACAAUAUUAAAUAACUUUUACCUUUAAAAGAUGAAUAAAACUAUUGGAUUAAGAUGUGCCACUGAGUUACUGUUAAUAAUUGAAAACAAAAGUUACAUGGCGUGACAAUUUUCUAUCUACAGUUUGGGUUUGAUUAAUUUGGAUUAUAUCAAAAUUGGAAUCUAGUUUUGAAUUUUUAAUCAUAUAUUAUUGCUGUAUAUAUUUGACUGCCAGUGAAUUUGUCAAUUUGAAAACGAAUUAUCCAAGGAAACUGUUACCAGUAAAUGUUCUAAUAAUAAUACUGGUCUGCAAAUACAACUGUAUGGUUUUGAGCUUGAAGGGCUUUGAGUGCAAUCUUGAGUGCCUCAUACAAAUGUAUAUAUCAUUAAUUGAUUGAGUUGCCAAAAAAGGGCAUCCUUUUGUGUUUUUGUAAUAAAUUUAAUUCGUUAACUAUA